AUGCUGCUGCUGCUGCUUCUGGCCCUGCUCUGGUGGAGGGAGGGGGCCGAGGGACAGAGGGAGCCGGAGAAGGAUUACCGGUUACAAGCGCUGGAGUCAGUGACGGUGCAGGAGGGCCUGUGUGUGUUUGUUCCCUGCUCCUUCUUCCACCCCUGGAGUCUCUCGAGGGGCUCUACCCCAGCUCAUGGCUACUGGUUCCGGAAAGGGGCCAGAACAUACCGAGAUGCAUUAGUGGCCACAAACAACCCAUAUCGAGAAGUGCAGGAGGAGACCCGGGGCCGAUUCCACCUCCUUGGGGACCCCCGGAGAUACAACUGCUCUCUGGACAUCAGAGACGCCAGGAUGAGAGAUGCUGGAAAAUACUUUUAUCGAGUGGAGAGAGGAAGUGUGAAACAUUCUUACACAAGUAACCAGCUCUCAGUGCAUGUGACGGCCCUGACCCACAAACCGGUCAUCCUCAUCCCGGAGACGCUGGAGUCCGGCCACCCCAGGAACCUGACCUGCUCUGUGUCCUGGGCCUGUGAGAGGGGAACGCCCCCCAUCUUCUUCUGGAUGUCGGCUGCCCUCAACUCCCUGGGCCCCAGGACCCACCUCUCCUCUGUGCUCACCCUCACCCCACGGCCCCAGGACCACGGCACCAGCCUCAGCUGUGAGGUGAAGUUCCCUACCGCUGGUGUGACUGUGGAAAGGACCAUCCAGCUCCACGUCACCUACUCUCCACAGAACUUGACCGUCACUGUCUUCCAAGGAAACAGCGCAGCACCCACGACCCUGAAGAAUGGGUCAUCUCUUGCAGUCCUGGAGGGCCAGUCCCUGCGCCUGGUCUGUGUUGUCGACAGCAACCCCCCAGCCAGGCUGAGCUGGGCCCAUGGGAGCCAGACCCUGAGCCCCUCACAGCCCUCAAACCAUGGGGUCCUGGAGCUGCCCCGGGUGGAAUCAAGGCAUGAGGGCGAAUUCACCUGCCAAGCUCAGCACCCUCGGGGCUCCCUGCAUGUCUCCCUGAACCUCUCUCUGCAGAGUGAGAGUGGUGUGGUGCUGGGGGCCGUGGGGGGAGCAGGUGCUACAGCCCUGCUCUUCCUGUCCUUCUGCGUCAUCGUCAUCAUAGUGAGGUCCUGCAGGAGAAAAGCAGCAAGACCAGCAGCGAGUGUGGGGGACACGGGCGUGGAGCGUGCAAAUGCUCUCAUGAGUUCAUUCUCUCAGGUGAGUGACCUGGACAUC